AUGCAGGUUGGCGAAGUUGUCACAACAAUUCCAACUAUCGGUUUUAAUGUCGAAACGCUUAAUUACAAGAACUUGAAGUUCCAGGUUUGGGACCUUGGUGGACAAACAAGCAUUCGUCCAUAUUGGCGCUGCUAUUACGCAAAUACUGAUGCAAUAAUUUAUGUUGUUGACAGCAUGGAUCGCGACAGAAUCGGCAUAUCAAAGCAGGAACUAAUAUCAAUGCUUGAAGAAGAAGAAUUGAAAACGGCUGUUCUGGCUGUUUUUGCGAACAAGCAGGAUAUUGAAGGGUGCAUGUCCGUCAGUCAGGUUGCAUCUUCGCUUGGUUUGACCUCCAUCAAGAAUCGGACUUACCAAAUUUUCAAAACGUCCGCUGUCCGCGGAGACGGUCUUAAUGAAGCCAUGGAUUGGUACGUUUUUCAACAUAAUCGCUUAGUAAAACCGCCACUUUGCCUACUAUUUAGGGUUAUGGUUUUUUGUCGUGUCUAG